UUGGCAAAUUGCCAUGAACUUCCGGUGUAGGAUAAAGACACACGCGGAUCUAUCGAGAAAAGAACGCGAAUAAUAAUAAAAUUAACUGGUAAAAGAAGACUUAUUUAGUAAAUUUACAUUGUCAGUUAUUAAAAAUGUCCAAUAACGGUGCUCCGGACUCUUGGGAAAGUCAAGCGGAUCUUAUAGGUGAACAAGGUGCAAAAGAUUCCAAUGAUGUGUCUACUAAAUUUUCCACGUUGAAUGUAAAUGCCGUAGAGUUUGUGCCUUCUUUUUGUAAGCCUUCUCAGGCUAACGACAAUACUGAGUCCCCCACAUCACCACAAAAAUCUGAAAGUGGUUCUACAAAUUCUACAGAAAGCCCUGUCAUAAAUGGUUGUGGAGAUGGUGGAGUUGAAAGUGGGGAUGGUGGUGCAGCCUCGGCCUCUCCGCGAGUAGAGGAGCCCCCGCCCGUGCCGCCAGCUGCAGCGCCUGCUACUGCAACACUCCCUGUUCCACCUGAUGUUUCACCUACAGCUGAUAGUUGGGAAGCUGAGGCUGAUGAUGCACUGCUUACCCCUGAAGAUAACAACGAGCCAGAAGAGGAAGAUACAGAGCAACAGGAUGAUGGUGAAACAACAAAAAAAAUUCCGAAGAAAAAACCACCUCGAGUUGAAGAUACUAGAAGUAAAAAGGAACAUGUUAAUGUUGUUUUCAUUGGACAUGUUGAUGCUGGAAAAUCUACUAUUGGUGGUCAAAUAAUGUCGUUGACGGGGAUGGUUGACAAAAGAACAUUGGACAAAUAUGAAAGGGAGGCACGUGAGAAAUCAAGAGAAUCUUGGUACUUGUCAUGGGCACUAGACACCAAUCAAGAAGAACGUGACAAGGGAAAAACAGUUGAAGUGGGGAGAGCAUAUUUCGAGACUGAGAAGAAGCAUUUCACUAUUCUUGAUGCCCCUGGGCACAAGAGUUUUGUACCCAAUAUGAUUGGAGGUGCAGCGCAGGCUGAUCUUGCAGUACUGGUCAUAUCUGCGCGUAAAGGUGAAUUCGAAACCGGUUUCGAUAGAGGAGGGCAAACUCGUGAGCAUGCUAUGUUGGCUAAAACAGCAGGUGUGAAACACUUAGUGGCACUUGUGAAUAAGAUGGAUGACCCUACUGUCAACUGGGAUGAAAAAAGAUACAAUGAAUGUCGAGACAAAAUCCUUCCUUACCUCAAGAAGUUGGGUUUUAAUCCAGCAAAGGAUCUCUCUUUCUUACCUGUUUCUGGUCAAACUGGACAAGGCUUAUUGGAAAAAGUAACUGAGGAAAUCUGUCCGUGGUACCGCGGUCCAUCUUUCAUCCAACUAAUCGACGAAUUACCCUCACUGAAUCGUAAAAUGGACGGCCCCUUCAUCAUGCCAGUAGUCGAUAAAUACAAGGAUAUGGGCACGGUGCUUAUGGGAAAAGUUGAGGCGGGUACUACACGAAAAGGCAGUACCUUAUUCCUUAUGCCUAAUAGGGUACAAGUGAAUGUAGACCAGUUAUGGUCAGAUGACAUCGAAGUGACGUCCAUUGGUCCUGGCGAAAAUGUCAAAGUAAAACUCAAAGGAAUUGAAGAGGAGGAUGUCUCGCCUGGUUUCGUUUUGUGUGAUAUUACCGAGCCCAUUACCACUGGAAGAGUUUUUGAUGCUCAAGUUGUAAUUUUGGAGCACAAAUCUAUUAUCUGCGCCGGUUACUCUGCAGUUAUGCACAUACAUUGUGCAGCUGAAGAAGUCACUGUUAAGGCGCUAAUCUGUUUGGUUGAUAAGAAGACGGGCGAAAAGUCGAAGACGAGACCGCGCUUCGUCAAACAGGACCAAGUGGCCAUCAUGAGGAUAGAAUGCGCGGGAGUCAUUUGUUUAGAACCAUUCAAGAAAUUUGCUCAAAUGGGCAGAUUCACACUAAGAGACGAAAAUAAAACUAUUGCGAUUGGUAAAGUCCUAAAAGUGAUUGAGUAAAUUGGCACUACAAUUUGUAAUUUAGCUAGGAUAGGCCUUUCCAAAACCUAUAUCAACAGACAUGCAUGUAAAAUGUAAUCCUGAUUUUGGGAUCUGUACCAUGUGAGAGCUCGAGUGUAUUAUUGCUUCAUCAUUUCUAAUUAAGAAAGUGUAUAUUUUGCCUGUUUAUUGAAAUAGCAGUGCUAGUCCCGAUCAAAAUAAUGUUUUACAGCUACUGCCAUAACAGUAUACAUUUCGUGCUGGAACUCUACCUGAUAUAUUUGUGUUUUCAGUUUCGUUAUUUUAUAAUUAAAAAAAUCUUACAAUUUUUGUAUUAUUCUGGACGAGGAACUACGUUUUGUUAAUCUGUGUCACUUGAUGCAUAGAAAUUUUUAGUUUUAAGCCUCAUCGUUGGAACUCAUGUUUUUUGCAUUAUUCGCCUAGCCUUACAACCCCAGAUAUAGGGAUGAAAACGGCGUAGUUAUUUCAUAACUUGUAUAUAUUUGCUAUGCAAAUAAUCGUGUAGAGUUCCAAAAUACUAACGAUCGUUUCUGUUAAUUAUGAAUAAAAACUUAUCGAUUACGAUAUUAUACCACGAAAUCGUAAUAAUAAGUCAUUAACCCCUUUGUUAUAUUUUACUCGGCAAUGACGGUGUACGAUGGAUAAGGCUCUCAUGUACUAAUUUGUUACGAUAAUCAUCAGGUUGGCGUUAGUGAGUAACUAAACAACAAUUUAAUUUUUUAUUACCAUUAUCGUUCCUCCCUAGUCCAACCUGCUGACUCACGUAACAAAUUGCUAGUGUUUAUAUUUUCACAUAUUAUGGUUAUAACGGUUAUUAGUACUGUUUCCUAUUUUAAAUGCAAAAUUAUGUUUUUAUUUUUUAGUAGUUUGAUAUACAGUACACAUAUUUAUAAAAGAUAUUUGUGAUUAGUCUCUGACUGAAGUCACAUUUUAUUUGCAUAGAUCAACAGUUGUCUCGGUGGUAUCUGUUUUUAAAGUUAAUUAUAUCUGCAAUACUUUUUGUAUCGAAUUAUGCUUAGAUUAUAAUUUAUUGCUUUAGUGACCAAUUUCUACUGACGAAAAUGUGUCCCAAUGUUGUCAAGAUAAAACUCAAAAAUGUGAAAAAUUGGGAAACACUGAAACGUCGAUGUUUUAUUUACUCUUAAAUUAUGAUUAUAAUUAUGACCAUACCCUAUUGCGAGGCGGCCUCGAUUAGUAAACCGUCGCCGCGACGGUCUAUAUUCAAAAUACUUUCAAUAUUAGCUUGUUAUUCAUGCAUCAAGUAUUAAUGUAGGGAAGAGUACUUAUGGAAAGUUGCGCAGAAUGUAACGGUGGUUCUUAUCAAGAAAGUUAAUUCUUAUAACUUCGGCUCAACCUCCGAAUUGUUAUAGUAAAUGUAUAUUAUGGAUUUAUAAAUUUUCAGCUUUUUUAAUAUAAUCAGAUUUACGUCUAGAGAUGAUUGUAUAUUAUUAUAAUAUUUUGUGUAUAUCAGUGGACAAGAUGCGAGGCGCGCGUGGUCCCUGAGUAGGUCCACCUCGUGCUAUAGUUUAUUUUGUCGAAACGCUUGCAGUAGAGAGAAGUACGUAAAUAAGAAAGGCGCGAGGCGAGCUCCGCGUUGCAGUGCCUUGUAGAAGCGCCUCGCUCGCCUCGCGCACCGGCGCGCCUCCACACCGAGCGACCACUGGCAGGCUGCAACUAUAUUAUUUUGUUUAAAAUAAAAUAAAAUUUUAUUAAUA